GCGCGGGCCCGGGCGGGCUGAGGGACCCGGGGGGCACCCCCAGGGAUCCCCCUGCUGUAGGGGAAGCUCUGAAAUCCUCCCUGCUGUAGGGGAAGCUCUGGGAUCCCCCUUCUCUAGGGGCACCUCAGGGAUCCCACAGCUAUAGGGGAGCUGAGAAACCCUCCCUCUUAUAGGAGCAUCUGUGGGAUCCCCCUGCUAUAGGGGCAGCUCAGCAAUCCCCUUGCUACAAGGGCAUCUAAGGGAUCCCCCUGCUAUAGGGGCAUUUCAGGGAUCCCCCCCUAUAGGGGGAGCUCAGAAACCCUCCCUCCUAUAGGGACAUCCCACUGCUAUAAGGGAAGCUUAGAAAUCCCCCUUGCUCUAGGGGCAUUUUGGGGAUCCCCUGGCUCUAGGGGGCUCUGGGAUCCUUGCUGUGGGGGUUGCUCAGAGAUCUCUCUUGCUACAAGGGCGAUUCCCGUGGGCACAGGGAGAAACCCAGGCCGUGGUAGGGGCAUCUCGGCUGCCCCCACACCUGGCAGGGGUCAGCUUGGCUUGGAGCACCCGGCAGAGCAGGAGCAGGAGCGGGGCUGGCAGCAGUGGUGUCCGCUAAAGGGCUGUCCCCUCGCGCGCCAUCCCUGGAGCGUGGACCACGAAGGGCUCCUCUGUGCCCACAGAUGCGAGACCCCCCAGAGGCGGUAAGGUGGGGUUGGAGGAGAGACUCGCACCAUCGUCGCCGACGCUUCCUCCUGCUAUUCCCUCCACAGCGCUGUUGACAGACUGAAUCAUGUCGUCCAAAAGGAACAGAUGGGCUCCGGGCUUCUCCUUCCUGCUGUUAUGUUCCUGUUGCAUGUCUUCAGCAAGGAAUGCAAAUGCGCUUCUGGAGCUGAGCCCCCAAGAGUAUUUCAGUAGCUUGCAACCCGGCAAAGCAUCUCUGGUUUAUUUUAGUCACGAUGGUGUCCGUCCAUUCCUGGAACAGAUAGAAAGCUCUGUGGAACCUCUCCAGGACUACGGGAUUUCUGUUGUGAAGGUGAAUUGUCCUAAAGAAGAUGUAUCACGAUAUUGUGGGAAGCAAAAUACCUUACUGAAAGCGUAUCUGUUCAGAGGGAACAUAUUGCUCAGAGAAUUCCCUACGGAUGCCUUGUUCAACGUGAACGCUAUAGUAGCCAAUGUCCUGUUUGCACUUCUCUUUAAUGAAGUUAAAUAUAUUGCAUCGGCUGUGGAUCAUCAGAAUCUAGAAAAUUCCCUGAAGGGAAGACUGAAUGUCGUCUUUGCCUACGUACCAGCGAUUGGAACAGCAGAGCACAGAGCAGUCAUGGAAGCAGCUUUUGUGUACGGCACUGCUCACCAGUUUAUUCUAACCACUGAAGUGUCGCUGCUGAAGAGUGUCAGCACUGAGGAUGCUGAUGGAUUAUCUGCUCAGCUCUUCUUCUGCCACUGUAAGCGUGUCAUGGAUCCAACACAGCCAUGCAGAAGGACUCCCAUGGAGCAGCCACUGAGCACACUCAACAUCCACAAGUAUCUCAAGCUGAUGGAGGCACCUAUUGUGACUGAAGUUGCUGCAGAUCCUGAGAAGGUUUCAACAGUUCACUUGCAGCUCGGCCUGCCCCUGGUGUUCAUCCUCAGUCAGAAAGAGACCUACGAGGCUGACCACAGAACUGCAGAAUUUGUUGCAUGGCAGCUGCUGGGGAGAGCAGGCGUUGCGCUUUUGGCAAGGGACUCCUUGGGUCUGAAUGUCCUUCUCCAGUCUAAUGUUGCUCUGAAGACAGCAGAGGAGGGUGUGCCCAUCAAGUACCUGGUUUUGGAGGAUACUGAUGAAAUUAUUGCCCUCGUGGAAAAUAAGCUGAAAGGGGAACAAUUCCAGGAGUAUGAGGAGGAGGAAGAAGAAGAGGAAGAAAAAGAGAAUAGUGAUAAAGAUGUGCAAGAUGACCAGGUGGUAGAGGCCAUUCACAGAGACCGGAAGAGAGAACUCCCUUUAGACCUCAUCCGAACCCUGACGGAGGAGAUGUUUCACCGGGCCCUGACAGAGACUGGCCACACAGCGGUGCUGUUCUACGCCAGCUGGGAAGCCGUGUCUCUAGCAACGCUACAGUCCUAUGUGGAGGUGGCCAUGGAACUGAAAGGAACCUCGGGAGUUUCCCUUGCCAGGGUGAACUGCUGGGACUGGCCUGGUGUCUGCGCGAAGCAGAAUGUCACCCAAUUCCCUGUUGUAAAGAUCUAUGAGAAGGGUGAGAGACCACUGACCUACAGCGGCAUGCUAGGGACAGAAGAUCUACUCAGGUUCAUCAUGCUGAGCAGAGUGUCCUGCCCUUUGAAGCUGGCCUCAGUUGCAGCUGUGGAAGGAUACUUAAGAGGGGAACUCCUUGCCGAGCUGUCGCCAUAUCACACCACCUCCGUUUUGGGACUGUUUACACCCAGCAUGAAAGAAGCCAGAGAAGCAUUUAUUGAAGCAGGAGCCAUCCUAAAAGGAUACGUCACAACAGGAUUGUAUUAUGGAGAUGAUGCUUUGGUUCUAUCCAGUAAAUACAACGUGCCUCUCCCAGCGCUGCUGUUUGCUCGUCAUGAAGAACGCAGCAUAGACCCUGUCCUGCUCUCCAGACUGACGCCACAGGAGAUUGCUCAGACCAUCAGAUACCAAUUACUGGAAACAUUUCCAGAAAUUACUGUGGAAAACCUGCCCACGUACUGGAGCCUGGGACGUCCCUUACUCAUACUGUUCAGUGACAGCGAUCUUGGCCCACGGGACAGGAAUGAAAUGCUGCGUUUGGGGAGGGGAAGCAACCGCGAGGCAUUCCUCGCCUGCUGGCUUAACCUCCAGAGGACUCCAGUUGGCCGGGGGAUCCUGAAGGCCUACUUCAGCACCCCGCCGCCUUUGCCUCUUCUUGCCUGGGUGAACCUUCACGCCGGGGGCGAGGUAUUUGCAUUCCCUCCAGACCAGCCUAUCACCCAGAGUAAUGUCUUGUCUUGGCUCGAGAAGUGCAGAGCAGGGCUUCAGCUUCCCAGCACCACCUUGUCUGACGCACCCUGGACGCCGCCUCUGCCCGCAUACAAUUUUCUGCGCAUGAUGGAGUCCACGCUGCCCGAGUUCACCCUGCACACCGUGUAUGGCCGAGGAGACCCGACUGGGCCACGGCAGGCGGAGGCCGUGGAAGAGAAGGCACCUGCCAGGGAGGAGCAGGCCGAGGAGCCCAGAGCAGAAGCAAAGAAGGGCCAGCCACCCGGGAGAGACCUGCGUGGGACAGUCCCGAGGCUGGUGGGGAGGGAAAGGCACGUGAAGAGACAUGCUGAGCUGUGAGGGGUGGGAUUAGCCUCUGGGCAGGGAGGUUCGGUGUGAGCACUUCCUCCCAUGCCAGCUCACCAUUGACUUCACUGGAGGAUGUCUGGAGAACCAGAGGGGACACGGCACGUUCGGGGACAGCUGCCCUCGAGGGAGUGACCUUCCAUGUGAAGCCGGCCCCCAGUUCUGCGGGGUGCAGGGGGUGCUGUUCAGUGCCUCAGUGACAGCCGUUCCAGUCCCACAAGCCUGCCAGCCCCCAGCUGUGGGGAUGGCCAGGGCACCAGCCCAUGGGAUCCCAGGGGAGGCAUUGCAUUUGUAACCCUGCCGGGGGGGCUGAACAGACAAAUGUCUAUUGCCAUGGCAGUGAUGCUCAGCCAAGGUGCCACAAGAUCCUUUUGGGGGUUCCAGGGUGCCACACAAUGUUAUCACUGUUAGGUGUACAAGCAUGAUUCACAGGAUAAACCCAGAGAUUUCAGCUAGAGGUGCCUAGCUGUGCUCAUUCUGAGUCCUUUGCAACAGGAAACCUGCUCUGUUAUCCUUUUGUAGUCAAAAAUGAGUAAAAACAAAGAGUUGGCAUUUUCCAAGA